UUCAAAAAACAGCAGCUAGGCAGGUAGCUAAGCUAAGGGCUCAGUGAGAAUGGUGUCCAUCAGCUUCAAGAUCCAUGGAGCCGUUGCUGCUCUUCUCCUGGGCUCCCUCCUCCUCUGUUCUGGUGCGUCCAUGGACGAACCGGCCGCUGCUUACAAGCACGUCGCUCCAGCUCUGUCGCCUUCGUCCUACCCCCCGACGCCGGCGCCGGUGCCGAUCCAGCCGGUGAUCAUCGUCCAGGGUCUCAUCUACUGCAAGUCCUGCAACCUCCGCGGCUACAACGCCGGCAUGGACGGCUCGCCUCUCGCCAACGCGACGGCGAAGCUGGUGUGCUACGGGAGCAAGAGCGGGUACAGGGUGCUCAACAUGACGAGCACGGCGACGGACGAGAACGGCUACUUCCUGGUGAUGGUGUACGAUCUGGCCAUGUUCAGCCGGCGCAGCUGCCGGGUGUACCUCCGCACCUCGCCCACGCUGCUCUGCGACGCGCCCUUCCUCCCCGCCGACGCCUCGCUGGGGAUCGUCCUCAAGAGGGAGGAGGUGAGGCCGUCGUCGCCGGUGGGCGUGCGCGGCGUCUACAGCGCCAGGACCGCGCUCAUGUACGCGCCGCGCAAGGUUGCCAAGUGCCCGGCCUACUGCUGAUGAUUGAGGAGUGUGGACGUACACGCCCGCACCUGAUGAGACGGGCAAGUGUUGUGGGUCGCCGUGGUAUGGUAUGACCACGAACGUAGUCGGAGACUCGGAGGCAAUAAUAAGCAGAGAUUGUUGUCGCGUAGGUUUGGGUCGUUUUAGUUUGUAGUCCAACGAGAGUACUUGCUGUGGUUUGAAGUUGAAGUCGUUUCCAAGUUUCUUUAUCGUUGAAAGGAAUCGUUUCCACGUUGUUGUGUGUAAGUUUGCCCUUUUCAGGCUGUCCUUCCCACUAGUAGAAAAAGGGUCUUAUGUUCAA